CGGCUCGGCCGAGGAGGGAGGGAGGGAAGGAGGAGGAGGGAGUUGCCACGUCCUCUGCGCCGAGCGGCGCCAGCCCCGCGCCUCACUCAGCCCCACGUGUGGCGGAGCGGGGAAGUUGCGGCGGGGACCCCGGACUCUGCCCCGCUCUGGCCGCCCGUCCCUGCUCUCAGGAGGGUGCAGCUCCGAUUUGUUGUACAGCCAGCCAUUUGAAGGAGAGGGAAUAUUUCAGCCCCUUGCUUUGAGAGACCUUGGCCUGUCUUCUGCAGCCCAACUCCCCUCACUGCUCCACUUUGCCAACCAACAGAUCCUCAGAGGAAAAUGAGGCAGCUAAGAGGAAAGCCCAAAAAAGAGACCUCCAAAGACAAAAAGGAGAGGAAACAGGCAAUGCAAGAGGCCCGGCAACAGAUCACCACCGUAGUGCUUCCCACGCUGGCCGUCGUAGUACUGCUGAUUGUGGUGUUUGUUUAUGUAGCAACUCGUCCAAAUACGACUGAAUGAUGCGGCGCUUCAGACUUUCUACCUUUGGGGUAUUAAUGCUUUUAUCAAGAGCCAAAAGAAACUUUCUGCCACUCCCGAUACUUUACAAAAGAACUUGCUGGUGUCUUCGGUCUUUUCUCUUGGUUAGGGUUCCACAGUUUCUCUUAAGGAAUGUAACAUAAAACGUAUUAGUGAAUGUGCCAGUACGUUUUAUGGUUCAGUUCAUGUGCCUUUCAGACUUUUAAAAUGGUGUUUUUCUGAAAUCUGUUUGAAGUUCUAUAUUGUAAAAGGAAUUUCUGUUCUGCUAUAAAUUUGUAAAAAAAAAAAAAAAAAAAAAAAAAUCAGCUUUCAGCUUUUAUCACUGUUAUGGAUAAUGUUGCUCCCAUGAGCUCAUGUCUGUCUAUUUCAGAACUUCCAAAGAAGUACAUUUCUUCUUUGUACUUAAUGUCAUAUGAAAUGCUUUGAUUCAGAAAGGAUAUAUUUAUUUUUUGAAUAAAAGAGAGAAGUCUUACUUGGAAUGUUAUUUUGCAAAAAAAAAAAAAAAAAAGAAUGUGGCUUAAUUGUGAAAGCCUACACUGUGUAAUCAUUUUUUCAUUAAACACUAUAUAGUCCACUCAAAUUUUUUUUUAUUUUUUUUAUUUUUUAUUUUUUUGCAAUGAGACAAGAAUAUGCAAAGGGAAUACUUCAGGAUCCACCAGAUCCAGGAAUAUCAGAAAAGUUGGAAAAGCAGAUUCUACCAUUUCUGCCAUUUAUGGUGAAAUCACUCAUAACUACGUAAACACAGCGAGUUGUUUAUGUGAAUGUUAAAUAUUUAAAUCCAUAAAGUGGCAAUAAAAGGUGGUUUUGGAUACA